AUGUCCCAAACCUUGGGGCUGACUCGACUCGCCUACUCUCGAGUUUGGCACCACAUCUCCGCAUCUACUCCACACCAAACCCUCACGACGCAGCCCGGCAUCACGCCCCCGCCCCUGGGCCGCCUGGCAUCACGAAUCGCCGUCAUCCUCAUGGGCAAGCACAAGCCCAUCUUCGACCCAUCCACGGACUGCGGCGACUACGUCGUGGUGACCAACUGCGCGGCGCUGCACACAACGGGGCGCAAGAAGUGGCAGAAGAUGUACUACCGGCACUCGACCCGGCCCGGCAGCCUCAAGGCCCUCACCAUGGACGCGCUCAUGGAGAAGCACGGCGGCAGCGAGGUGCUGCGCAAGGCGGUGCGCGGCAUGCUGCCCAAGAACAGGCUGCGGGACAAGAGACUGGCACGGCUCAAGGCCUUUGAGGGCGAGGCGCAUCCGUACAAGCAAAACCUGAUGCGCUUCGGCGGCGUCGUCGUCGGCAGCGAGGGCUGGGAGAAGGCGGUCGAAGUGAUUCGGCAAAAAGACACACAGAGGUUAUGA